AGGUGGAGGAGGAGGAGGAGGAGGAGGAUGGAGGCAGUAGUGUUCGUCUUCUCGCUCCUCGAUUGUUGCGCGCUCAUUUUCCUCUCAGUCUACUUCAUAAUUACAUUGUCUGAUUUAGAAUGUGAUUACAUUAAUGCUAGAUCAUGUUGCUCGAAAUUAAACAAGUGGGUAAUUCCAGAAUUGAUUGGCCAUACUGUUGUCACUGUAUUAAUGCUUGUUUCAUUGCACUGGUUCAUAUUCCUUCUCAACUUACCUGUUGCUACUUGGAAUAUAUAUCGUUUUAUUAUGGUACCAAGUGGCAACAUGGGAGUGUUUGAUCCAACGGAAAUACACAAUCGAGGGCAACUGAAGUCACACAUGAAAGAAGCCAUGAUCAAACUUGGUUUCCACUUGCUCUGUUUCUUCAUGUAUCUUUAUAGUAUGAUUUUAGCUUUGAUAAAUGACUGAAGCCGGAGAAGCUGUGGUUGGAGUUAACCUACAGUACAGUGCACAGUUGAGGAGCCAGAGACUACUUACAUCAUCCUUAGAACCGUGACCAUAGCAGUAUAUAUUUUCGUCUUUGAACAAGAUACUAUUUUUGCUGUAUUUUUACCAUAUAAAGUAUUUAAAAAACAUGAAUUGAGUUUUUGUAGAUUUYUGGUUCUCAACAUUAGCCUGAACCCCAACACAUGAAGGUGUUUUUUAUCAUCUGAGUGUUGAAGAAGGUUAUUUGUAUGUAGAAGUAGGACUGUCCUGUCAGCCUUGCAUGCCAAAGAAAUAAAGGACACACCUUAAAAGGGAAUACUUGAUAAGCCAGAUUGUCUUCAAGUCUACUGAAGAGUCAGAAUAUAAAACAACACUGUUAAUCUGGACAAAAGAAAAAAAGAAAGUUACCUACCCUUUUUGCCUAUAUUGUGGCAACUUCAUAAUAGUAUGUCUCAAAGAUUUAUGGGAUUGUCAGCUAAAAGUCUUUCUAUAAGAAUAUUAAUAGAAAAUGACACUUCAAAAAUUUAUAUUUCUUUGCAGAAUUUGUGAAAUAUUAUAAGCCAUUUGCCCAGAUACAAUGUAAUUCUUGCUUUAUAGAAAGGGAAAAUAAAUUUAAAAAACCAAGAUUUUUAUCAGGAGCUUUCAUUUAAAAGCUACUGUCUCCAUAAUCACCCCCAAACUCAUACAAUCUCUUUGGUGCUUGCAGGGUCUUAUUUUUGUAUUGCAAUUGAUUCAACUGUUUUUGAUCUCUUUUUAUUUAAUGGGAUUGGAGAAGUGAUUUGGUAGAAGAAUCUUCUAUAAGAUUAUAAGUAGGAAGAAUUGUUCUUUGUCAGUGAAAUYGAGCCUACUAGUGCUCUGCUUGGUGCCAGGAUUAACUGCAUUUCUUCUGUUCUUAUUGCACUUUGUGAACUGAGAACCAAUACAAGCCAUUUUGUGCUCAUAGCAAUAUCUAACAGAACUCAGUUUCUUGGCGCUAUUUGUAAACCCUGCCACAUUGAGAUCAGUUGCCCCCAGCUGUCUCUCAGCUCUCAUGAUGUCAAAUGAGCCUGGUGGGUCAUUCAGGCCUAGCUUAUGCUUUAGUAUUGCUAUCUUAAGCGUUGGCAUUUAGGCAAACCACGAUUGUUCUAUGACAGAGUCCAAAGGGAUUAUUUAUUCUGGCAUGACAGAAUUGGAUGGCUGACACACCUUGUGGUCCCCAAAAGAUUUAAUGUUGCAUAGACUUUCGGCUUUAGCUUUGGUUGAAAUAGAAGCAAGGGAGCCACUAAGCUAAAUUCCCAUGCAAACAGACCAUGUUUCAGGGAUAGAAGUGGUGCUCUGGCAAYAAACACAUUUAAGGAAGAGGGAAGUGGAGGCAAAAUAAAUUUGAUCCUGCUGGCCUCUGAAGAGUCACAGAAAUUCUCCUUAUGGUAAUCUUAUUUCUGCUAGGCAAAGGGCCAAGAAGCUGUAACAGAAAUUACUUUGCUUGCAUCUCUUUCUUAACUUUUUCCCUUGGAAGCACAUUCUGUUUAAAACAUAAUCCUCCCUAACUGCCAGUACCUCUCAGUGUUCUGCCCAAGUUUUUAAAACAGUGAAGCUGUUGGAAAAUUUAAAUCCUGGAAACUGAGAGAAAAUGGUUUACUUAAAGUAGCUCAAAGGAGUGGAGAACUUUUGACCAAAAUCUUUCACCUUUUCAUUCAAGUAUUCUUAAUAGCCCAAACUGAAACCCACAUGGCUGAGAACUUUGGGGCUGCAAUUCCACAUGGGGCACAAGGUGCUGGGGCUGAGCAAAUAGGUGCCUAUUCAAAGAACCAGGAAUGAUUUACUUCUGAAGCAUUAACUGGUUAAAAAAAUAAAAACUCUCCCUUUCUAUUAUUGCUUGUCCRUAUCAAAGUCAAGAAAGGGGUGGAGGAGAUCUAGCUUUUAUUUUUUCAGAGGCUUUUCUAUGAGAGAUGAAAAAGAGGGGACAAUAACACUGACUUUAAAAUAGCUAUGGCUAAGAUGCUAAAGGUUAGUUUAUAUUUUUUGAUUUGAGAGUUCCAGAGAACCUUGGAGAUCAUUUGUUUUAAUGUCUUAAAACUUGAGGCCUAAAUAUUGCCCAAUACCCCAUUAAGUAUGAGCAUCUGAAAUCCUGAUGUUUAGUCCAGUGGUCUCCCUUACCCACUCUACCAUGUCCCUCUAUAAAGGCAGUACUGAGGACCCAGCCAGUGSACACUACCAUGAGGAGUUCCUGUGCGUAUUUUAAUUCGUGUAUUGUCAUUUUUCUCUUGGCAUUCUUUCAGUGAUAGCAGGCACCAUUGCUAAAUCACUGGAACCUCAGCUGAGAGAACUGGGGAACCAAAAUCCAAGAUGCAGCUCAGUUCAUCAGAACCUAGCAGGUACUUUGAGCUGCCUUUUCAUGCCUGCCACACAGAUGCCUGUGGAAUUAAGAGUCCAAAUCAGUUUACUGUGACCUGGUCUUAACUUUGAAGUUGAGAACUAAGAAAGCUUCCUGCUGUACUUUAUCUCCUGUGGUACUUUCUGUCUCUGUCUGGUAUUAGUUAUUCACCUGCAAAUAAUCUCACCUACUAGAUUGUACGCUCCUGGAGGGCAGAGUCCACUUUUAUUUGUAUUUUCAUCUUUUCUCUCCUGGCACCUAACUUAGUGCCUUGAACACAGAAACAAUAAAUGAUUGUUGAGUAACAAGUAA